CCCAAACGAACCCGUUCUCCUCACCUAUCUCGGGGCCGUCCUUCCCCGCCACCGCGAGAGCCUUGGUGGGUUCGGGAUUCUGGUAAGAAGCCUCUGAUGGAUUCCCGCGGCCUGAGCAGCAGCCAGCGAAGCACGGCGAGCACUGAGGUGGAUCCCAUGAUGCCUCGAACUCCAAAACGUUUCUCUCUCUGGCCAGCUGUGUGGCUUGCAUCAUCACGAGGAAAUUCGAGGACACUCGCAGCUCAGAGGACCCAUUCUUGUCAGUGGCAGGAAGCAGAGGCCCCGGCAAUGAGUGCGGCAGAGAGGGUGCUGCAUGAGAGAGUGCCGCUGCUGCGGCUUGUGGGCAUCACCAUGUUCUGCAUGGCGUUCGGCACCUGCACUUCUGUCUUCCCCCUAUUCCUCUUCGCGUAAGCGAUGCUGGCCGAAAGCAGUGACAACAUGAGCUGUCGUGUUUGCACUGCAGGAAGGAGGCAGCGAUUUUGUUCCCCGAUCAUGCAAGUGUGGGCCUCGGCUGCCUGUGCGGUGUGGCGGGCCUGGCCCACCUUGCCGUGCCAAUCGCCGGCAGACUCAGCGACACUACAUUCACCAGAUUGGGAAGACGUAUGUGUGUUUGUAUGUGUAUGUGUUUGUGUCGUGGAUGGCCUUUCCCUAUGUCUACGUGUCUGGUGUCACAUCCAAUCAGGUCAGCCCUUCAUCCUUGUGGGGUCGAUGGUGUGUCUCGUCGGGCUUAUCCUGAUGGGCACGGCCUCCUACCUGCGGUCAGCUCAGCUGUACCUCCCGGCUGUGCUCGUCGGCAUGAUCGGACUCAACACGGCACAAGGCACGCACACACACUCAUGCGCCAAUCACUUCCUAUAUGGGUACCUGGCUUGUGUGGUAUCGUAUCUUAUCGUCGUAGCUGCUGAGAAUGGUCUGGUCCCUGACUUUGUGAGUGCAAGUCAGGCGGGCCAGGCCAGUGGUGUGGUGGCCCUCCAGCACUUCGCGGGCUCCAUCGUGGGAUUCUCCACAAUCGCUGUCCUGGCACUCUUCCCGGUGAGCGGGGACAUGGUCCAAGAACCUCUCGUGUGUGUCUGAUGGCAUACUCUCUCUCUGUCUGCGUGGCAGCAUGCGGACUAUCGGCUGAUGUAUGUGUUCGUGAUGGCCGAGCUCGUCAUUUGUGUGGUCAUCACAGUCAUGUAAGACGGCCGGACGAGCUUGCAAUACAACGAGCAGCAGCAGCGUGUCAUGGUCUUUCUCUCUGUCAGGUCUGCGUCCGAGAGAUGCUACGACGAGAACCAGCUCAGGAGUGUCUCCAUACAAGAGCUGCUCACGUACAAACACACACACAGCUGGAAGCCGCACGCAUGUGUGUAGUGUAUAUUCCCACCUCGUUGCCCAUGCAGGGCCUUCUAUCAGCCGCUGCUCGACCCAGACUUCUUCUGGGUUUGGCUCUCGCGAACGAUAUACUACUUCGCCGUCUCGGCCCAUGUCUUCCUGUUCUACUUUGUGAGAGACGUAGUCGUGAGGGAAUCCCAGAACAACCAGGAGCUGCAGUUCGGCAUCAUGGCCCUGCUAGGUAAGUAGGGCGGCCAAUGACCCUGUUUCUUGGCCGAUCGUGUCUCCAUUUCCCUGGCGCAGCCCAGUUUUCCGCUGCUUUGAUCGCGUUUCCCGCCGGCCAGCUGUCUCAGCUGCAGUGGGUCGGCCGCAAGCUGCUGAUCUACAUCGCGGGAGCAUUGCUGGUCUCAGACUUAUUUAAAUCAACCACAAACUGAGCCAUAUAUGAUGAGACAUUGCCAAUGUCUUCUGUCUCCGUCUCCGUCUCUGUGGCACUCAGGUGGCGUCCUACUUCUCCUUUCUGCAGACGCCCAUGUGGAGCACCCCCUACCGGAGGAUAGCAUUUCUGUACUUUGUGUCAUUGCUGUACGGCAUCGGCAAUGGGCUCUACGUGGGAGUCGACUACGCCAUCGCUCUCGACUGCCUGCCUUGCCGAGAAGCCGCCGCCCAGUACCUCGGUGGGCAAGCCGAGGCACGAGACAGCGGCACACGCGUGCAGUGGCAGUGGUGUGUGUUUUUGGUCAGGUACUUGGAGCAUCGGUUCCUUCCUUGGUGGCACUAUUGGGCCUCUGCUCGGGGGCAUGAUGCUGCACUUCUCCGGGCGCAGCAUGUCCCGUUGGUUCAAAGAUGGUGACUGAAAGCUCAUGACGGCUGGGGACAAGGCUGCGGCGCCGCACGUGCUGCACUACUCGUACCAGGGGUACGUGGCCCUCCUUGCCAACAUCGCGCUGUUUGUGUGGGUGGCCGCGUCGCUGCUCAGGUACGUGCGUAAGACUGGGUAGUGUGUGCGCCUCUCUCUGCGUGCGCUGCAUCUGUGUGGGGAUAUGUCGUGCGAACACUGUGACAUUGAGAUUCGCAUUCAAUGACAUAAGAGAGC